AUGUCUGUGCUCUCUCUCUUCUUUGCUGGAACUGAGACUACCAGCACCACGCUCUGCUAUGGCUUUCUGCUCAUGCUCAAGUACCCCCAUGUUGCAGAGAAAGCUCAAAAGGAGAUUGAUCAGGUUAUCCAUGCAAACCGGUUCCCAACCCUUGAUGACCGCAUCAAAAUGCCAUGCACUGACGCAGUCAUCCAUGAGAUUCAAAGAUUUUCAUAUCUAGCCCCAAUUGGUCUGCCACACACAGUCACCAAAGACACAAUGUUCCGAGGAUACCUGUUCCCCAAGAACACUGAGGUGUACCCCAUCCUGAGUUCAGCUCUCCAUGACCCAUGGUACUUUGAACAACCAGACACCUUCAAUCCUGAGCACUUCCUGGAUGCCAAUGGGGCACUGAAGAAAAGUGAAGCUUUUCUGCCCUUCUCCACAGGUGAGACAGACAGAUUCCUUUCCCAGACACUAGAGGGCAGGCACACCCUCUGGGACACAAACAGCAAUAGGUCCCUGUUUGCUGAGUGUACCCCAAUUGCCUUGCUGAUUCACCCCAUUCAUACUGGUAACAGCCCCAUGAGGGAAGUCUUGAACUUAAGGAACAUCCUUGUCAGGACGACUUUUGGGAAAGUGUUUAAAAGUCUCUAA